AUGAAGUACGUACAACUCGGAUCCAGCGGCCUUCGCGUCUCGCCCAUUUGUGUCGGGUGUAUGAGUUAUGGCACUCCCGGCAAGCAAUUCGACUGGUCGCUCCCGGAAGACGAGGCCCUGCCUGUCCUGGACCACUGCUACCGGUCGGGUCUGAAUUUCUUCGACACGGCCAAUGUCUACUCAAACGGAGACUCCGAGGUCAUCCUCGGGAAAGCAAUCAAGAAGUAUGGCUGGCGCCGGGAGAACUUGGUCAUUGCCACCAAGCUCUGGGCGCCGGUCGGACGCGACACCGAGAAGCCCCUUCGCAUGUCCGUGGAAGACAGAGACAACGCCGGCUACGUCAACCAGUACGGUCUGAGCCGCAAGCACAUCUUCGAGAGUGUCGACGCCAGCCUUAAACGCCUGGAUCUGCCGUACGUCGAUCUCCUGCAAAUCCAUCGCUUUGAUCCCAACACGCCGCCGAAGGAAACCAUGGAGGCGCUGCAUGACGUCGUCAAGUCCGGCAAGGUGCGCUACAUCGGCGCGUCGUCCAUGUGGGCGCACCAGCUCUUGGAAUAUCAGUACACGGCACGGAUGCACGGCUGGACAGAAUUUAUCUCGAUGCAGAACCUGUACAAUGCCAUCUACCGCGAGGAGGAGAAAGAGAUGUUUCCGGCGUGUGCCAAGUUCGGCAUGGGCAGCCUUCCCUGGAGUCCGGUGGCCAUGGGAUUCCUGGCCAGACCGUCGAAGACAUUUUCCGAGACAACGAGGGGAAACUCCCAGAACAACCAGUUCCUGGGCCAGCCAAUCACGGAAGCGGACAAGAAGAUCAGCGCGAAGAUUGAGGAAAUUGCGCAGCGUCGCGGGGUCUCGAUGGCGGUGAUUGCGCUCGCAUGGUGUCUGUCCAAGCCCUUCAUCACGUCGCCUAUUGUGGGGAUGAGCAAGAACGAGAGAGUGGACGAGGCGAUCCAGGCCAUUGACUUUCAACUCAGCGAGGAGGAAAUCUCAAGCAUCGAUGAUCUGUACGAGCCCAAGCGAGUGGUUGGUCACAGCUAG